AUGCCACUGAAUUCGCUUAAUCAACUUUGUACGAAUGACAGUGGUCAAGUUCCAGAAGAUGAGAGAAAAUCAGAAACACCACCUCCAAUACUGGAGUGCUAUGCAAAUGCACAAAAUGUUGACGGUACAAUGGUUGUUGAAGAUUAUAUGAGGAUGAAUGGUAAUGAUGAGGCUCCUAUUAUAUUGGCCAAUGAAACUUUACCCGAAUCGCAGCAACCGCACAGUAUUUAUGGUCCUGUUAAUCUUGAACUUCCCAAAGCUACUACAAGUAACGAAAUUAAAAAAGCAGUUAUUCCACGGCGUGAAAAAAAAUUUGUUUCACCGGUUGAGAAUACUGCAGUUCGUCGGUCUAGCAGACAAAUUAAGCGCAAAUGGAGGUCAAGUGAUAUAGCCGAAGAGACUGGUCCAAUUAAGGGCGUUAUCCGUGUUGGUGAUAAUUAUCAGGCUGAUGUUCCAGAAUGGCUUGAAAAUGUCAAACUGGAACCGUUAUCUGAAGAUGACGAAAAUGAAAAAGAAGAAUGUUUAUGGAAGUAUGAUGGUAGCAUCAAUCUUCUCGAGUUGGAGCAGUAUUGCCAAGCUGCAAGACGACAGUUUGGAAUGGAUCCAUCAAAUGUUUUGGAGAGUUUGCAGCAUAACAACUUUGAAGUCAGAACUGCUAUGGAACAUGCUGAGGAGUAUGUACCUAAACCAGAGAAACCGUUUUCCACUGAUGAACAAAGACUGUUCUGUAAAGGGCUGGCGACUCACGGAAAAGAUUUUCGCCUGAUUCGCAACGAACUUAUUCCAUCGCGAACUGUUCGCGAGCUGGUAAAAUAUUAUUACGACACCAAAAACGCAAGGUGUUUUGGAUGUAUGAAGAAAUGCUGUCCGAAACUACUUCGGUUGGCAGCUCCAGAAGCCUGUGUUAUAGUCAGUUCUCAAUGUGAAAAUUGCGCUGGAACCUCUGCAGUUGCUGGGAAGGCUGAAAUUGUUCGCCUUUGCGAACUUUGUAGCCUGUAUCGGCGAAAAACGGGGAAGAUGAGACCCAUUCACAGUUUAAAUAGGAAGGUUAUAAAAACUGAAGGGGUAAAAGAUGAAAAUUUUCAUCAAGACCAACCUACAAACAGUUUGGGCGUUCCUUCAUUGAUUAGUGGGAUAAGUUGUCAAAACCACGUAUGUAGUUACACAGCGCCAAGAUUGGGCCGCUUGCAGAAAGAAACUCGUUGGACACCACAUGAAACUGAAGUUGCUGUUCAAGCAUUCUACUCUUAUGGAAAGGAUUUCCAGGCAGUAUCGACAGCCGUUGGUAGUAAAUCUGCAGCAGCUGUAAAACGUUUUUAUGCGGAGAAACAGUCGACAUAUCGUCUUGAUUUUGCUAGUGUAGAAGAUUUUCGGGGAUCUCAUAUAGGAUUUAUAAAAUUAGCAGACGAGAAGCAGGGUUAA